ACAUCACGUUUAAGUAUACUACAAGCGACGUUGCGUUUAUUCCCAAACGUCUAUACACGCGUGGAGCACGGCGGACGUUUUCUGUGUCCUACCGGGUCCUCCAACAGUUAGAGGCGGGCUGAGUGGGCGUGGUGGGCCGCGUCACCAAGGUCCUUGAGAGAACCAGCUUGGAGGCAAGGAGAACGUUGACUGGAUCGAAAGGAGCCGUGGAAGGGGCAAGUUUUUGUUUUUUUUAAAAACAAGGUUGAAACACAUCCUAAAAAAACUGCCUCUGGAGCAGUGAAGUGUCUUCAUGGCAGUGCGUAGAGGACACAUUCAGUACUUGGAUCAGGAGGUGUACGACAUGUCCAACGGUUACGAAGACCACAUGGCGGGGGAGGACGCCAAAGAUGCCAAGACCAACCUGAUUGUGAACUACUUGCCCCAGAGCAUGUCGCAGGAGGACCUGCGCAACCUGUUCGGCACCGUCGGCGAGGUGGAAUCAGCCAAGCUCAUUCGAGACAAAGUUGGAGGCCACAGUUUAGGGUACGGAUUUGUUAACUAUGUUAACCCUAGUGAUGCAGGCAGAGCUAUCGAAUCACUGAACGGACUAAGGCUACAGUCCAAAACUAUCAAGGUGUCAUAUGCACGGCCCAGUUCUGAUACGAUCAAGGAUGCCAACCUGUAUAUCAGCGGCCUGCCCAGGUCAAUGACCCAAAAGGACGUGGAGGACAUGUUUACGCAUUACGGUCGCAUCAUAAAUUCCCGUGUGCUCGUUGAUCAGACCACAGGCAUGUCCCGUGGGGUGGCGUUUAUCCGCUUUGACAAGCGGACAGAGGCCGAGGAGGCGGUCAAAAACCUCAACGGUCAAAAGCCGCACGGGUCCUCGGACCCCAUCGCGGUGAGGUUUGCUGCCAACCCCAAUCAGGUGAAGAACACCCAGAUCAUCUCUCAUCUCUACCACAACCAGUCCAGACGCUUUCCUGGACCCAUGCACCACCAGGCCCAGCGCUUCAGAUUCUCCCCAAUGAGCGUGGACCACAUGGGCGGUGUCCCCGGCAACCCCGCCUCCGGCUGGUGCAUCUUCAUCUAUAACCUCAACCAGGAUGCCGACGAGAGCGUCCUCUGGCAGAUGUUUGGGCCCUUCGGUGCCGUCACCAACGUCAAGGUGAUCCGUGACUUCAACACCAACAAGUGCAAAGGCUUCGGCUUCGUCACCAUGACCAACUACGAGGAGGCGGCCAUGGCCAUCGCCAGCCUCAACGGCUACCGGCUCGGAGACAAGACACUGCAAGUGUCCUUCAAGACCAGCAAGGGCCACAAGUAGAGGGGAAGCGGGACAUGGGAGUGUGGAGAAGCAAGCAGAGAAUAGGCCGUUGUUGUCUGCAAGUCUGGUCGGUGUUUCACACGGUUAAGAUGUUCACUCUUCUGCACCUUGUCUAAAAGUGUCUCGGAACUCUUCAUGUUGUUUGUUGUUGGUUUUCACAUUUGGAGCACGGGCGUCAAAAAUCCCAACACACAAAAAGUUACCUCUGGCAAUGCGUGCGUACAGGAAGCAGUCAAUUGUGUCCACAUUUCUUUGGCGAAUGUGCGCACGCAGGCCUUUAUCGUCUAAGCGUGGCGCCGUGUUUGGCUGUGGGCGGUGUGGUUGCUUCAUGGAAAAGCAGCACACGGUCCUGAUCUUUGUCACAUGCAGACGUAGAGGCCUUCAAUUGUAAUCCACCAGAGCAAAGCACUUUCUCUUUCCUUUCUCGGUUGCUCUAAAUAUCAAUCAGUCUUGGAUGUGAAGUUUGCUGGGCCUCCCUGCAGACUGAAACAUGACCAGAAACCCUCUCCGUGUGUCUUUGUAGGAUUAUUAUCGUUAUCUGUGCUAAAGUCAACGAGGAGGGAAAUGUGACGGACCAAAAGCGGUUAAUUAGUAGUUGGUAAACUGAUUUUUGGCUUUUAGUUUGCUUUUUUGUUUUGUUUUUUGUUCCUUUUCGAGAGCGGUACUAAGAUCUAGCUAUCAAACUGACUGAACGCAUUCGUUUGUGUUGUUUUGUCACUACUUUGUUUUUUUUUUUUUUAUUUCUUUCUAGAGGCAGACAGGUUUUAAUUUGUUGUUUUAACAAGUGCUCAUCUCAAGUUUGGAGUGAAAUUAAUGGCCUUUGUUACUGAGUUUGAUUCUUUCAGUUGUUUCCCUUUCAAUUUAAACCAUUAAAUUUACUUUUGUUUGGUGAAACUUUUGCUUUGGUUUGUUUCUUUUCACAUUUUACGUUGUGGUUUUAGUUGCUUUUUCGGCCCAAACAAAGUGAAUAGUUAAACAUGAUUCAUGUAUAGAUACAUUUAUAAAAACAACCCCCUCCCCCCAAAUCCUUUAUAAGUGGAUGAAUACAUGUGUGAGAUGAAGCUGUGCUCUGGGCCUUUUUAGGAAUGUUUUAAACAUUUUUGUGUCGGCAACAAGCAGCGACUCUCCACAUUUCCCGCGAAUCAAGCUUUGCUUCCGAAAGGAGAAGUGCCACAGUCUUUUUUUUUUUUUUUCUUUCCCCUCGUAGUCUUGAAACGUGUGCAAUAUGUGCUGACUUGCCCAAAGCAGGUAAGCGAUAUCUCCUGUUGUACUUUAAUCAUCUUUAUUUUUUUUAUAUAUUUUCCUUUUUUCUACUGACAGCUGCCACUGCUUAAUGUUUUUUAUUUAGGGGUGAUUGAUUUUUACGGAGUAGCUUUUGACCUUAAUUUAAUGAGGAUGCGGCGUAUUGUUCCUUGGUGGAGGUAUGCCGAGUAUUUAUUAAUGUGCGCGGUCACAGUUAUUGACGUGUUUGUGUAAAAUGUUCGACCUCUUGGAGCUCGAUGUCUUCUAACGUUGGAUCAUUUCAAUAAAACAAUGGUGGCUUUUAUUUGAAAGCAUGAACGUGUGUGUUUUCAGGGGGGUG